AUGCCGGCGCUUGAAACCUACAAAGGCGCCUACCUUUGGAAAUACGUGCCCAACUUUGCAGCAGCCAUCACGUUUGGGAUUCUUUUCCUCGUUUUGACUCUAGCACAUACCUAUAAAGCGUACAAACAUCGGACAUGGUACGCUAUACCAUUCAUUACUGGUGGCUUCUCUGAGCCCAUGGGUUAUGCGUGUCGCGCAAUAGCAACCCAUCAUACAGGCGCUCUAGUCCCCUUCCUUCUACAAGCGAUCUUCCUCCUUCUUCCCCCGUGUCUGUUUGCAGGCACACUGUACAUGGUUUAUUCGCGCGUAGUGCGAGCCACGCAUGGCGAACGCUUCUCCUAUGUGUCACCUCGAUGGUGCACUCGAAUCUUCAUCGCAGGCGACCUUCUUUGUCUCAACAUCCAAUCAACUGGGGCGGGGUUCCUUCCCAAGCCCAAAUUGGUAAACGCUGGAAACGGUGUUAUCGUCACAGGCUUGGGUCUACAAGUUCUCAUCUUUGCCGGAUUCAUGUGGUGCUGCGUUCUUUUCCACCGCAAGUUCUCACUCCACCUCCGCAACACAGGCCAAACUGUCGAUGUACCUUGGGAAAAUGUGCUCUGGAUGCUAUACGGAACUUCUGUUCUCAUCUCGAUACGAAACAUCUUCCGCCUAGUCGAAUUCAUCGCUGGACACGACGGCUACCUCAACUCGAACGAGUGGCCAGUAUACGUAUUCGAUGGCGUCUUGAUGCUCCUCGUUAUGAUCAGCUUUUACAUUUGGUACCCGCCACAGCUACAGCUCGAGGAGAUUGGCACAGAGAGUAUGAUUGAGCUCACGAGCGAAGAUAACAAUCUGCCACAAAACGAGCCGUCCAGGAAGUAG